AAUAAUGUACGGUAUGUGGAAAAAAAAUUUUUUUUUUAACCUUAAACUUUAUAAACACUGCAUUACACCAAGUACGCCAAAUAAUGUUAUUUUUAGCAUUGUCAUAUGACCCCUUUAAGAAUGUUUUGAUAUUUGUACUGAAAAUCAAGACUUUUUAUUCUAAGUAAGAACAUGAUGUGUGAUGUGUGCCGUAUGUUAUCAGGACGUGCUGGAGGUUCGUUUUCUACUGGAGAAGCUUCAUAAGGAAGAGCUGAAGCGUCUGCAGAAGCGGCUCUUGGUCAGGCAUGAACACGCAUCUGCGCAGGCACAGAGGCAGCAGGCGCUGCGGCGGCGCUUUGAGCUGCACAAGAUCUUCGGUGAGGAGCUGGAGGAGGCCGUCCGAACCGGAGAGCUGGAGAAAAGCACCGCCGACAAACUCCUGCUGCAGUACUACAGCCAUCAGGAUGCUCUGGAGGAGGUGCUUGAUGUCCUUCUGGCCAAUCAGAGAGCACUGCUGGCCGAGCAACAUGCGCAGCGCUGCUUCCUGCUGCAGAGUUUCCAGAGUCUUCAGGCCGUGACGAGUGAGGCAUUCAGCAGCAGCGCACGACGCAUCAGAGACGCACAAGCUCACGGGUACAUCUGACACUCUACAUACUACAUUACACACUAC